CUCCAUGAGAUAGCAUCUAGAACACUUCCUGUACCUCCUUUCAGUAUUUAGAAAAACAAUUCCUGGGGCUGGGAGAGUGGUUCGUUGUUAGCCUAUACCCUGAGUAUGUGUGAGGUCCUGGGUUCAAUUCCUAGCACCCCAGAAAUCACUCCACACCAAAAAAGAAUUUGAAAAGUGUCAGGAAGAAGCACAGGGCAACACUUCACACUGGGACGCUCAUUUCAGUCCCCUGCUCAUGGAUAACGAUGGUAAGGCCAUAGACUUCUCACACUCUUUGCUUUCAUCUAGGUUCGCCAGCUAGUCCUGGCUGGACCUCCUCAGAGUCUUUACCACCUGCCAAUAGUAAACAUGGCUGCAUUUCCCUAAGCACGUCGCCUUCGGCCAGUAGUAAGCAUGGCCGCAUCUACUUCCGCCAGGCCAGGGGUGAAGGGUGGCGCAAGAUGGCAGCGCCCAUCAGCGGUGCAGGCGUGUCGCGGAGGAUGCUGGCGGCGGCGGCCGGGACUCUUCUGGGGCGGCGGCUGAGGUGGCCCGCACCGGCCCGCGAGCACUGGAGACCGGCCGGGCGCUCGCGGAGCCGGCGAGAGGCGGCCGAGGCCGAAGCCGACGCUCCCGUGUUCCAGUACGUGGGCGAACGCGCAGCCCGCGCCGACCGCGUCUUCGUGUGGGGCUUCAGCUUCUCGGGGGCCCUCGGCGUGCCCAGCUUCGUGGUGCCCGCCUCGGGGCCCGAACCCCGCGCCGGCCUGCGGCCGCGACGCAGAAUCCAGCCCGUGCCCUACCGCCUGGAGCUGGACCACAAGAUCUCCUCUGCUGCCUGUGGCUAUGGAUUCACACUGCUGUCCUCUAAAACCAAGGAUAUUACGAAAGUUUGGGGUAUGGGACUCAACAAAGACUCUCAGCUUGGAUUCCACAGGAGCCGGAAGGAUAAAACCAGGGGCUAUGAGUACGUUUUGGAGCCCUCGCCUGUCCCACUGCCCCUCGGCAGACCUCAGGAGACGAAGGUGUUGCAGGUGUCCUGCGGUCGAGCACACUCCCUUAUCCUGACAGACAGCGAAGGCGUCUUCAGCAUGGGCAACAAUUCCCACGGGCAGUGCGGACGGAAGGUGGUGGAGGAUGAAGUCUACAGUGAGAGUCACAGAGUGCACAGGAUGCAGGACUUUGAUGGACAGGUGGUUCAGGUUGUCUGUGGUCAGGACCACAGCCUGUUCCUCACAGACAGAGGGGAAGUCUAUUCUUGUGGAUGGGGUGCCGAUGGACAGACAGGCCUCGGUCACUACAACAUCACCAGCACACCCACCAAGCUGGCCGGAGACCUUGCUGGGGUGACGGUUGUCCAGGUUGCCACCUACGGUGAUUGCUGCUUGGCCGUGUCCUCCGAUGGCGGUAUCUUUGGCUGGGGAAAUUCUGAGUACCUGCAGCUGGCCUCGGUCACAGACUCCACUCAGGUGAAUGUCCCUCGGUGCCUGCCUUUCUCUGAAGUGGGCAAGGUGAAGCAGGCGGCUUGUGGUGGCACGGGCUGUGCGGUAUUAAAUGAAGAAGGACAUGUCUUCGUCUGGGGCUAUGGGAUUCUUGGGAAAGGACCAAACCUCUUGGAAACGGCGCUUCCAGAAAUGAUUCCACCCACGCUCUUUGGCUUGACGGAGUUCAACCCCGACGUCCAGGUUUCCCAGAUCCGAUGUGGGCUUAGCCAUUUUGCUGCACUCACCAACAAGGGUGAGCUGUUUGUGUGGGGCAAGAACAUCCGAGGAUGCUUGGGGAUCGGACGCCUAGAAGACCAGUACUUCCCAUGGAGGGUGACGAUGCCCGGCGAGCCUGUGGACGUGGCAUGUGGUGUGGAUCACAUGGUGACUCUGGCCAAGUCAUUCAUCUGAAUCUCCUUCCGGGCCCAUCCCGGCCGGGUUGCUCCAGCCUCCGAACUAUACUGACAGCAGCAGCUUGGCAGAGGCAGGGUGUGGCCGCCAGCACUGGGACACUGGGAGAGGGCCAGGGCCUGUGUGGAGCAGGAUGCUUCUCACUCUGUGUCCUCAGUGGGCACAUUAUAAUAGGAGUCUGUGGACAAGACCCUCCCCUGCUGAGGCUCCUGGCUGCCGAGCUCAGUUCUGGAUGGUCGCUCUUGGCUUGGUGUGCUCCUGAGGAGUACCAGGGCACGAGGCCCUAGGUUGGCCAGGCUGACGCCCUUUUCAGGUAACAUGGUGGCAUCUGGGGAUGCGUCUUGCCUGAGAUACUAUUCUUAGGGGAAGUUCAUUAUUCAUGGCACAUUUGAUAUGAAGAGAUUGGAGAUAUGACAAAGCACUCAGGAGAACUUGUUCCCCUAUCACAACAGGACACACUUGGGCUGCUGGCUGGCUCGGCUCAGCAAGAGAGCCAGCUGCCUUCAGCUAGGGCCUCUCUGAUCAGCUGCACCCCAGACUCUUCAUAGAGUGGCCAGUGUGAGCAGGCCUCCCCCCAUGGCUCUACAGUAUCCCAGCCUUGGAACCUCCUCGCUGCCUGGCUUUGAACAGUCCAGAAGCCCCUGAAGAAAAACUGCAGGCCAAAUGCUUGUGGGCUGAGGGCUGUGGAAUCUUGGCUGGAGGGCCAGCCUUGGAGUAGGAAGCCUCAGGAACUGGGAAAAUGCUUGUUUUGAAGAAAGCUUGUCUUUUGCUUUCAGAACAGUGUUUGCAAAGUUCUUUUGGAAUAAAGUCUGUUUUCUGACUUUUCUAA